AUGGCUUGCCUUAGGCCAGCUGAUUGUCGUCUGCUUUCUGAUCAGCAGUGUUGCGAUUACGUCUUCCGUUCUUCCAGUCAGGUGUUGCGAAGGGCGUCCCGCUUUCUUUUCAGUUCCUCCAUUUCUUUUCAGUUCCUCAAGGUGCUUAGACCAAAACACCCGAUAGUGUUUAGUCUUGCCUCUGGUAUAACACUCGAUAUUCCUCAAGGUGUUUGGACCAAAACAGCUUUCUUUUUAGUUCCUCAAGGUGUUUAG